AUGGAUCCUUUGGUCGUAUCGAUAAUUUUGCGAGCAAAUUGGGAUUUGAACAGAAGGAUUUCCCCAAUUGUGCAGCAAAGCAGGAAGAAGAAGAGAGUCUCUAGCUCUGCCGACCUCGCUGUCAUGAACAGGAGGGGUUCGCGGGGCUACUUGGACCGGUGCGUCGUAUCACCGAGGGCAAAGGUAGCCGUCUGUUCCCAUAGGCGUCCCAAAUUGCGCCUACCAUCCUACCCAGAUAUUUGGGCCACAGCUUCCGUAAUUUGGGCCUGUCGUCCUCACAACUCGAAGACCAAUUUUGAUUGGGUAAAUCUCAUAAAUAACUUAUAA